AGCCGUCUCGGCGUUUUUGGCCAUUCUUGACGCGACCUCAUUCAACAGCCGAAAUCGCUCAGACACCAAUGAAAAUUCUUCUCGGCGCCUUCGGAGAUUCCACCAUAAAAGACAAUCGGAAACUCUCAGAAUCGUCAUUUGCAACUCCUCCUUCCCCUUCUCCGUCUCUCUCCUCUCUACUGGGAGCUGGUAAAGCUUGAAGAGAGAGGGGGAGAGAGAUGGCUUCGUGGAAUUCAACGCCUCUGGAGGUGUUGUACCAGAUUUUGGGAUGGACAGCUUUCGUCUCUUGGUCCGUCAGCUUCUACCCACAAGUCAUCUUGAACUUCCGAAGGAAAAGUGUUGUGGGUCUGAAUUUCGAUUUCGUCGUGCUGAAUUUGACGAAGCACUCGUCGUACCUGAUAUACAACGCGACCCUCUACUUCAGUGCCGCUGUUCAGGCGCAGUAUUAUGAGAAGUACGGCUUCGGAGAGAUGAUUCCUGUGGCUGCAAAUGACGUGGCGUUUUCCAUACAUGCCGUUCUAUUAACUGCAGUAACAUUGGUCCAAAUUGCAAUUUAUGAUCGUGGCAGUCAGAAAAUCUCUAAGAUUUCACUGGUAAUUGUCUCUGCUGUGUGGUUGGCCACGGCAGUCUGCUUUUUCAUAGCCUUACCAAAGCAUUCUUGGCUUUGGCUCAUCUCCAUCUUUAACUCAAUUCAAGUGUUUAUGACAGUCAUCAAGUACAUUCCUCAGGCAUUUAUGAACUUUGGACGAAAAAGCACUGAUGGAUUCAGCAUUGGUAACAUUUUACUUGAUUUUCUCGGUGGUGUUACAAACUAUGCGCAGAUGGCAGUGCAAUCUAUUGACCAAAAUUCUUGGGUCAACUUCUAUGGGAAUAUUGGGAAGACUUUACUUUCUCUGAUAUCUAUAUUCUUUGACCUGCUUUUCAUGCUUCAACAUUAUGUGCUCUAUCCUGCCAAGAAAGUGUCGAUCAUUCCAAAGGCAAGUGAGGAAACUGAAGAGCCAUUGGUCAAGUCCACUGAUCAAUCGCAGUCAGAAGAGGUCUGAAGUUAAUCGCCAUAUGCUACGAAGAAUUAUCAAUUGACCUUUUUGCUGCUACCACGAACUAGAAGUCUUCUUGUGCAUAGAACUCAUGAUCCGGAAGCCUUUGAAGGAGAUUUUGCAUAAAAGUUACAAACUAGAAGGGUCUAUUUUCUGCUACCCUCAUUCAUCUGGUUGCGCAUGUUAGGAUCAAAACACCCGAUCUGUCAGGUUGCAUACACCUAUAAGGAUAUGUAGCCUCGGAGUGUAGUUUAUUCUCAUCUUGCAUUGCUUUGCGAGAAUAUGAUCUUGUGUGUGUGUGUAUAUAUAUGCUGUAUUGCUCUA